AUGGCUGCUGGACCGUCCGGUGUUGUUGUGUUGACCGUUAUCUAUGUCCUCAUCUCGUUAUCCGCGAUAAUCAUCGGCGCCCGAAUAUAUCUACGAUUAGCAAUACAAAAGCAGAGGCUCGUCACAGCUGACUGGCUACGCAUAUCAGCAUGGUGCACAGCAUUUAUCACCGGCUUCUUCGAUAUACUUUAUGCGAAAGAGGGUGUUUUGCAUCCCGGGAUCAACUAUACACUGUCUAAUUGGGAUGCUCCAUUAGAACAGUCGAUCAGAGUCCGAAAGCUAUUUCCUCCAUUCAUGGUCAUAAGAAGACUCAUAGUCUGGAUAGUGAUCGUGUAUUGCAUCUGCGCCUACAUUGUUACCAUUUCUCUUCAAUUAUUUCUCUGCUACCCGAUUCAAAGGAACUGGUAUUUCAUGGCAAUCAUCUUCAAAGUUCUCUUUCUAAUACUGGUCGUUUUAGUUUUCGGUCUUCCGUUCUUUAUCAUCCAUAAUCUUAACAUGCGUAGAAAGGUCAAAAACUCUGGUGUUCCCUCGAUGUCUAUAUCGGUCUUGUCAUCUGCUGCAUACCGGCUCUCCGACCGUAUCUUCAUAGGAAAGGAGUCAACUAUAACAUUCAGGAAUCGGGACGUCCUUCUAAAUCCAGUCAUGCCAUACGCCGGACAGCCCCGAGCGGAUUUGAAGAGAUAA